CACAUUUAUCGCUCUCUUUCACUACUACACGCUUAUAUCAUCAUCAUCAUCAUCCGAUUUUUUAGGGUUCAAGUUCGAAUUUCGGAUCUGGAUUUUUGAUCCUCAUCCACACUUUUUAGUGUCCAGACCCAACAAAGUUCGAAUUUUUACACACACAUAUAGAUACAGAUACAAUAUAUAGAGAUAUAAUACAUAGACAUAUAGAUAGACAUACAUACAUACACAUACACCAAUGAUCCAACGGCUCGUUGACAACUUCCUUGCUGUCACAAAAGAGUCUGUGAAAACGAUUACUUAUGAGUCAUUAAAUCAUAUAUUGCGGCUGAUAAAUGGUUUCUCAGCAAUGUUACUGGCUAUCAUGCCUGGGAAAACUAACAUGCUUGAAGGAAUCCAUGGUUGGGAGCUCAGACCAUCUUUUCGUGGACCCCGGCUUCCUCGUUGGAUGGAGAAUGGGGUGUCUUCCUUUAACCAGUUUGUUCAUGAACUAUCCAUGGAUUCUGACUCGGCAUCGAGUGUAGAUUAUUCAUCUGGCGAAGAGUCAAAUGGUGAUUAUGAUGAUGAUGAUGAUGAUUAUGAUUACGUAUCCCCUCCAUCUCCGUCAUCACAAAGUUCUCGAUUCUCUAGGGCAAGUAGCCGAAGCAGGCGUGAAAAGCACCGGUCACACUGGUUUUUUUCCUUAGUCAUGUGGCUUCUGCUUCCUGUGAGGCUGAUUACUGUGAUACCAUUAUAUCUGUACAGCGUGUUUCUCAGUAAAGGUUUAAAGGGACCCACGAGCAGCCAAGAAAGAGUGCAGACUUCACAAGUCCAUGCUGGUAGGAAAACAUUGGAUUAUGUUGUCCAACUGGCUACCGACAGAAGACGUGGAGUUAUAGAGGAUCUGCAUCUAGGAAUAGAGUUUUUUAUAGAAACCAUAUUUGAUGGUAUUCACAAGGCAGCUUCUUGUUUUCUUUCUCCAAUGGAUUCUCUAAGGGAGUUAUUGAGGUGGUCUUCUCCCGUGGCUCACCCCGAUGAUUCGAGUGCGUAUGUUACAACUGCUACUCUUGGUGAGGAUGACCCUACCCCCACAGAAAGAAAAGCUAGAUUGAAUAGUCCCCUGAAUACAGAUGCCAGGACAUGUCAAGAUGUUAUCACAGAGCUUGGGUACCCUUAUGAAGCUAUCAAGGUGGUUACGGCUGAUGGAUAUGUUCUCCUUUUGGAGCGAAUUCCAAGACGUGAUGCUAGAAAGGUGGUUUAUCUACAACACGGAGUCUUUGAUUCAUCUAUGGGUUGGGUGUCUAAUGGAGUUGUUGGUUCUCCCGCUUUUGCAGCUUAUGAUCAAGGCUAUGAUGUCUUUCUGGGUAAUUUCCGUGGUCUAGUUUCAAGAGAACAUGUCGACAGGAACAUGUCUUCACGAGAGUAUUGGCGUUACUCCAUCAAUGAGCAUGGGAUCCAAGAUAUACCAGCCAUGAUAGAGAAAAUCCAUAUAGUGAAAACUUCGGAGUUGAAGUCUGUACCAGAAAUCGACACUGAACGAACAAACCAUGAGCAACCUUAUAAAAUUUGUGCAAUCUGCCACAGCUUAGGAGGAGCUGCAAUUCUCAUGUACGUCAUAACCCGCCGUGUGGAAGAAAAACCUCACCGCCUCUCAAGAUUAAUCCUUUUAUCGCCAGCUGGCUUCCAUCAUGACUCGACAUUUGUUUUAACAGCACUUGAGUACUUUCUCCUUUGGUUUGCACCCAUUUUACGACCUCUUGUACCCGCUUUUUACAUUCCCACAAGGUUUUUCCGGAUGUUGGUUAAUAAAUUAGCACGGGAUUUCCAUAAUUAUCCUGCUGUUGGUGGGGUUGUUCAAACCCUAAUGGGUUAUAUGUUAGGUGGUGACAACUCCAAUUGGGUUGGAGCAAUAGGCUUACCCCAUUACAACAUGAAUGAUAUGCCUGGGGUGUCUUUUCGGGUUGCACACCAUUUAGCUCAAAUGAAGCAUGCACGAAAAUUCAGGAUGUUUGACUAUGGCAGUCCUUCAGCUAACAUGGAAAUCUACGGUUCACCGGAACCAUUGGAUUUGGGGGAAUAUUAUGGGCUCAUUGAUGUUCCAGUGGACCUUGUUGCGGGGAGGAAAGACAAGGUGAUCCCUCCAUCCAUGGUGAGAAGACAUUAUAGGCUAAUGAGAGACGCUGGUUUAGAGGUAUCUUAUAAUGAAUUUGAGUAUGCUCAUUUGGAUUUUACAUUUUCUCACCGUGAGGAACUUAUGGGAUAUGUAAUGUCUCGUUUGUUACUCGAUGCACCUGCUACUAAGCACAAAUCCUUGAAAUUGAAGAAAAAGGAAGGGAGAGGUGAAUGCUAAGCAAGAGGUCAGUUCUUGAUCAUGUUCUUUCCUGUGUCAUUUUGGUAUACAAGGAUGAUAGAUUGAUACGUGUAAGUUGUAACUAUCUUAUAUCCACUAGUUAGAGAUUAUGUUGUAUAGGAGUUGUGUCAAGUUCUCCCUUAGCGUUUUUUAAGUGGAUGGAGAUAUUUGGCUAGUGUAGUAAAGCUGGGUAUGUGAGAGAUGAAGUCUAUAGUUUUAUAUGAAGCUAAUUGCAGUUAUCUCUUAUAGUUAGAGGGAGCCCAUGAUAUUGUAUGUUACUGGCGAAAUAUAUUCCUGAGUUUGAUACCA